AUGAGGAAUAUACGUGUUCAUGCAGUUGCUGGCACAGUCACGGAGGCGAUGUUGGAUGUCCUGAAUGUGACCUUCAUUGACCCACUGUUGCUACAUCAGCGGCUGAACAAGUUCAGGAAGCACGUAGUCUACCUGUCACCCACGGUGGAGCAGGAGCUGUUCGUGCUUGCGCAGUACCUCGGGAACACGAGUGAUGCCUCUGCUGCCGCUGUGAUCCGCUGCNAUGAGGAGGAUACGUGUUCAUGCUGUUGCUGGCACUGUCACGGAGGCGAUGUUGGAUGUCCCGAAUGUGAACUUCAUUGA